CUCGGUGGUCUGUCGUCCGUCGCCGCUCGCGCCCUGUCGGCGACCGCCCUCGUGUCGCCGGGCGAGUCGGGGGCGGUGCGGCGGGACGUCUAUGUCGGGGGCGGCGGCGGCCGACGAUGCGCGAGUACAAAGUGGUGGUGCUGGGGUCGGGCGGCGUGGGCAAGUCGGCCCUGACCGUCCAGUUCGUCACCGGCACCUUCAUCGAGAAGUACGACCCCACCAUCGAGGACUUCUACCGCAAGGAGAUCGAGGUGGACUCGUCGCCCUCCGUGCUGGAGAUCCUCGACACGGCGGGCACCGAGCAGUUCGCCUCCAUGCGGGACCUCUACAUCAAGAACGGCCAGGGCUUCAUCCUCGUCUACAGCCUCGUCAACCAGCAGAGCUUCCAGGACAUCAAGCCCAUGCGGGACCAGAUCAUCCGCGUCAAGCGGUAUGAGAAAGUGCCAGUGAUCUUGGUAGGGAACAAAGUGGACCUGGAGAGUGAAAGAGAAGUCUCGUCGAAUGAGGGUCGAGCCCUGGCCGAAGAGUGGGGCUGUCCCUUUAUGGAGACAUCUGCUAAAAGUAAAACAAUGGUGGAUGAGCUUUUUGCAGAAAUUGUCAGACAGAUGAACUACGCAGCUCAGCCAGACAAAGAUGAUCCAUGCUGUUCCGCAUGUAACAUCCAAUAGCAUAAAAAAUACGGACCUAGCCCGGACCCCAUUGCCCACUUUUUGUAAGAUGACGAAGUUCUGUCUGCUUUACUGCCUGGUUUGCAAGAUGUGUGGAAUGAGUCUCUAGUGAAGCAGCAAUACUCAUUCAGAGCUGAGCAGUGAAUGUCAAUCAUUGUCUCUGAAUAUAUUCGGGUUUGGUAACUACAGUUCCAUCACCAUCUCCGUAUGCACCUGCAACUUUAUGGCAUAGCCAAUCGAUCUACAGGGUGAUUUCAUUGAAAGCUAUGUUGGUGUUGUCUCAAAUCGUAGCGGCUCUUGCGUAAAUUAGGAACAGUCUAGAUGGAGAAACAAGAAGAUCCGCAGUGACCAUUCCCGAUUAAGCAAUUUUAUCCUGAUUUUUGAAGAUCCGCAAGGGAGAUAUCUUUUGCUGUCUGCUACUUCGGGGCUUCUGUUGGUACUUCCUGGCCAGGUUUACUCAGCCAAAAAUGGUCAUUUCAGUUGAACUGCUCACAGCAGCCCAGGGAGAAGUUCUCUUUGAGGCUUCUGUAUUAUUACUUGUUUUCCAAGCUGAUACUGUUGUUCACUUUGUGAUGUGGAACAAUGUCAUUGCAUUGAUCCUUGAAAGAAAAAGGUCUUAUUAGUGGUGGGAAAACACAGUUGGGGAUUAGCAUCUGUAAAAUCGUCUGCUCUGCUGCUGAAAAUGGAGGACCUCUUCAGGUUUUGAUCAGGCCAGAAAACCAAACAAACCCUCUGUUUACAAUGCAGGAAGUGUCGUUACCGACCAAGGAGGAAGCAACUGUGAUGAAAAUAAAUUGCUUAGCCUUACUAACGAGGAGCGUUUUAGUAGAUAAACUAGUUCCAUCUUGUAAGGAAAAUGAAGCCAUGUUGCAUCCAGGUGUUCCCAUUUGUGGAAACCUUUCAUGGGACAGUGCAAAUACUCUGCAUUUUUAAGUUUGCUAAAGACAACAAAUUCCUUCUUGCCUUCAAGGGCUAUGGUUUGUGGUGUGAUCGCUGGGUGGCCAUCUUUCAAAAUCAGAGUUUGCUAUUUUAGAGCUCUCUUCCUUAAUUGAAUAACUGAUGCAAGAGAGACCAUAUAUUAUGGAAAAAAUAGUUAACCAAUGGAAAGAUUUAUCUUUAAUUAUCUUUACCAAGGGUUGUCAGGCAACAAUUUUGCCGAUUAGUGAAAUGGCAAAUAGAAUGGGAAUGAAAACUUUGUUUUGACAAGGUGCUCUAGUUGUGACAUUUAGUUAUAACAGUAAAAUAUUAAUCAUUUGCAUGAGUAAUGGCACAGAAGUACCUGUUCAGAAGUUUUACAAUCACAUUGAAGGGUUUUUUGGGGUUUUUUUUUCAAUCAAAAUUUAAAUUUUAAAUGCUGGUAAAAUUGCCUUGAGAUGGACCUUUGCAAAUAAAAUUGGCCUUCCAAACGGCAAUAUCCCUGGCCUGUGUCCUCUUGGUUACCCGAUCCUGAACAGGACCUGUAGUCAUUUGUGUAUCAGUGAGUAAGAAGAAGGAGUGGGGUUUGGGUUGUGUGCACACAUGGUAGAAUUUUGCACAGGAUCAGAGAGAGUGGCAUCUAUGGGACUGAAGAGUUGUACUCUCUCCGCUUCCCGUAAAUUGCCAUUAGAAUUAUUUCAAGUGUCUUGAAAUACAAAAUAUAUAGAUAAUUUAAGUGCACUCCAUUUUACCAGAGCUUGUGUUUUCACUCCUUGUUUUGGCUAGAACCCAGUUGCCGAUUUAGAGAACCGUUUUCCUCCGACUGCAUGUGUCUCUGGCUACAGCACAGGACAGUGUCGGAGGACAUAGCCGUGCACAUGCACAUGGAGAUGGGGCCAAGGACUAUAAGUUUUCCUUAACACAGCAGUGUGUUCUUGGAGAUUCCACAUUAUAGGAAAACGGGGGGUAAUGUUUAACAACCGAAAAAGUGCUUAGAACAGUGCUCUGCACACAGUAAGUGCUCAAGACACUGUUGAUUGAUCAAUUGACCAGAACUCAGGUAGCAGAAACUAAUGAUGCUAUUCAUUAAGCGCUCAGUGUGUGCCAGGCACUGUACCAAGCAUUGGCAUGGUUACAAGCAGAUUGAGUUAGACACAGACCUUGUCCCAAGUGGGGCUCACAGUAUCAGUCCCCAUUUUAUAGGUGAGGUAACUGAGGCACAGAGAAAUGAAGUGACUAGAUCCAGCAGCAACUGACUGCCUGUAAUCCUUUAUGCACUGCACACAAGGAAAUAAAAGGUUUCGAACAUGAAGAUUGGACCCUGAUUUUUCUUCCUUUUAUUCCCGUAUUCCAUAGUUGCUCUCUUUCUAGCAGUUUCCACCACCUUCCCUCGGGACCAUGUUCAUUUAAAAUAGCAACCAUAUAUUUGCACAUAAGACAAUUUCAAGACUGUCAGUUUUUCUUCUAAGUGGGAGCCGUGCCCCUUGCCAACCGAACCAAUGGUAUGUCCAUAAAUUCUGUCGAAUUUGUGAAAUCUGUGACUAUUCAGACUUAUCUUCGUUUAUAGUUACUUUGAUAAAAUAAUUCCCAGCAGAUGAGAGUUGGAAUAAUCAACACAAGGUCUACAGUAGUUCUGUAUGGCUUGUUUAUGCAGGCAAGAAAAGUGAACUGUAUUACACAAGCGGUCUAGUAGGAUAUAAAAAGGAAAGGAUUAGCAAAACUUAUGGUUUCUUAGUUAAGAGACAAUCCAUGACAGAAAACUAGGAUGGGCUUAUAAUGUGAAAAUUCUAGUAAGAAGUGAAUUUGCCUCCUGGUCAUGUUUUUCAUCACAGUACUAUAUGUAUUUAGUGACGAAGCACCACACAUCAUCAUGCUGUGUAAAUGCUCUUGUGCUCUUUAUUGUGUGACUCUAAGGAGAUUGUCCUGCACUAUUGGUAUUUCAUCUGAUGUGAAUAUAAUUGAACUUGAGUGAAUCAGAGUUGCAUUUGGACAAGAAAAGUGACAUUAAGUGGCCAUAAGAAAUGGUGGCCAUCCUGAGGAAGUUGGCUGCCUUGGGUCACUUUUAUUUUGUACCCUGAUCAGACUACCAAUUAUUAUAAGUGAAAGUAUUUCUAACAUGCCUUAAAAAAAAAAAUUAUGGUUUGAUCCAAAGACCCAUUUUUCUUUAGCUGUUGCUGUAGAGUUUUUGUACUUUUCUACAAUGGCAGGCUUUUUUUUUUAGGUUUACAGAUUUUUCUUUUUAAAUGUUGCAACUUUUAUUCUUUUAAACUGUGAUAGUGAUGGUAACUGUUCGCUUAUGUUUUGUUCAACCUAAGCAAAACAAGCCAGCAGCUGAUCAAAAGUGUUACUAUUUAGAAUUAUUCCUGAGCUAUUGAAAGGUGCUUUGAUCACUUUCUCCCUUUGGUUUGAAUUACCAGGAAUGAGCCUUUCUAAGCCCCAAUGCUGCAGUUACCAUCACUCUUUCUGUGGGAAAACUACUGGUAUUUGCUUUCCUGAGUCAAGAAUGUUGCCCGGAGAUGUCUGCAUUUUGUUUUCAGGGGUUUCCUCUGUGUGUAUAUGUGUGUGUAUGUGUACAUAUGUAUGUUGUGUAUAAUGUUCUUUUUUAUUUUCCGUUUUUACCAGUGUCUGUGCCCUGACACGGGCUAGGUUUUUAAUUGUGGACCGCCUCCUCAACAAACGAGCAAAUGUUUAAAGAUGGGGAAUUUUUUUUUUUAAUCUGUCUAGUGCAUCUGGCUGUUAAUUCUCGAUCAGGGUUUCAAGAAUGACUGCAGCGGGUUUUGGAACCAGACUUAACGUUAUUGAUUUGGGGUUUCCCAGAGGUGAAGUAAAUAUAUUUCACAGUUAAUUGUUGAGCUCUAAUACAACUGACCAUUUAAAGUGGAAAAGCGGUUUAUCGUUUUGUAACAAUGUCAGUUGUUAAAAUCUUGAUGUUUCAAAUAAAACAAGAAUUGUACAUAGAACUCGAUGCAAACACAACAGUUGUAUUUGGAGUUAAAUUAUUUUAACAAAUAAAUUUAUUUAAUGAAAGUUU